UAAAAGCUGCCUGCGUCAGAACGACGGAGUUCAGAGGACGUGCCAUCAUGAGGAAGCUGCUCUUACUGUGUGUGUGUGUGUGGGCCGUCUGCGCUCAAGGCAACAUAGACUACGAUGAAGAAGAGACGGAAACAAGCUCAGCCCCAGACGCUGGAACCGGCGCUGCUGUAGACGCUCGAGGUCACCGUCCACUAGCGAAGGACGCCUACACCGCCCCCCGCUACGUCCCGCCCCCUGUGGGCGGAGGCGGCAGUUACCGCGGACGACCCACUCCAGCUCCGGUCGGCCGAUCAGAGACGCAGGAGAAGGUGGAGCAGCCGGAGGCCGGAGGAUGCGCCCACGCCGACGACAGGCUGGGUGUUCUGUGUCCCACCGGCUGUGAGCUGAAGACCACGCUGCUCAAACAGGAGAGGAGCAUCAAGGCGAGCAUUGUUGAUCUCAAGCCUCAGGUGGAGGAGCUGUCGAGAUCCUCCAACACUCUCGUCAACUACGUCACCAGUUUGUCCAAUUCCCUGAGGGAGCGGCAGAGACUCGUGACGGACAACAGCAGGGUGGUGGGUGAGUACACCGAUAAGGUGGAGGAGCAGCACGCCUACAUCAAGGAGACCGUCGACACCGUCUUCCCGUCCAACAUCAGAGUGCUGCAGGGCGUCCUGGACAAGAUCAGGCAGAAGAUCCAGAGACUGGAGAAGGCCAUCCAGACCCAGAAGGAGGACUGCAAAGAGCCGUGCAGGACCAAAUGUCCCAUUCCCGUGGUGUCAGGUAAGGAGUGUGAGGACAUCUACCGCCGUGGGGGGAAAGACUCGCAGAUGUACCUGGUCAGGCCUGACGCCUCCACGCGUCCCUACAAGGUCUACUGUGACCAGACAACCCAGAACGGAGGUUGGCUCGUCAUCCAGAACAGGCUGGACGGCAGCGUGGACUUUGGCCGGCGCUGGGAUGAGUACCGGCGCGGGUUUGGGAACAUCGCCUUUGACGCUGGGAAGGGUCACUGUGAGACUCCAGGUGAAUACUGGCUGGGCAACGACCGCAUCAGCCAGCUGACCAAGAUGGGUCCCACCGAGGUGCUGAUAGAGAUGCAGGACUGGACGGGAGCCAAGGUCCACGCCCAGUACCGCAAGUUCACCGUCCAAUCGGAGGCGUCCAGCUACCUGCUGUCGGUCGAAGGCUACUCCGGCACCGCGGGCAACAGUUGGCUGGAAGGAGCCUCUCAGCUGUCUGGUGUGAACCGCACCAUGACCAUACACCACGGCAUGAUGUUCAGCACCUACGACCGAGACAACGACAACUGGACCCCUGGCGAUCCCUCCAAGCAGUGCUCCAAGGAGGACGGGGGAGGCUGGUGGUACAACCGCUGCCACUCGGCCAAUCCCAACGGCCGAUACUACAUGGGCGGGUCCUACACGCGCCACAUGGCCAAGCAUGGCACAGACGAUGGUGUGGUGUGGAUGAACUGGAAGGGCAGCUGGUACUCACUCAAAGCCAUCUGCAUGAAGAUCAGGCCUUUCUUCCCCUCUAAGUAGACGAGCCGGAGGGCGUCAGCUGUAACACAAACAGGAACCUGCCAAAAUAAAAGACAAAAGUAUUCAAACAGUCACGGCUUCAUUAUUUAAACGUUUCCUCUAUUUCUAACUCAAACCUAAAUAUUCAACAUUUAAUGGAAACUCAAGAAUAAAUAUAAAAAUAAUGUGACAAAGUACAAAGUAAAUGUUCAGUGAAUGUGCUGUUAUUGUGUUAAUGUGCUGUUAUUGUGUUAAUGUGCUGUUAUUGUGUUAAUGUGCUGUUAUUGUGACGUGCGUCUUCAGUGAACAGGUCUAGUUGAUGACUCAAUAAAUUGAGGAACAAAC